AUGGCUGCCCUUGCUGACAAGGCCGAGUCGCAGAAGAUCUUUGAUAAGCUCAAGUCUAAGCCGGCCAACAAGGUCUGCUUCGACUGUGGCGGCAAAGCACCUACCUGGGCGUCAGUUCCCUUUGGUAUUUAUCUUUGCCUAGACUGCUCUGCCGUUCACCGAAACCUUGGAGUUCACAUCUCCUUCGUCAGAUCCACCGUUCUUGACCAAUGGACAUGGGACCAACUUCGUCUUAUGAAAGUCGGCGGGAACAAGGCUAUCCAGGAGUUCUUCAUCGAUAACGGUGGUUCUGCCGCUCUAUCAGCCAAGGACGCGAAAGUCAAGUAUCAGUCAAAUGCUGCCACCAAGUAUAAGGAAGAAAUUAAGAGGAGAGCUGCUGAAGACGCUAAAAUUCAUCCAGACUUCGACGUCGACGACGGGGCCGUUGUCGUAACUGCCGAAGAGGAAGAAGAAGAUUUUUUCUCAUCAUGGGAUAAACCAGCUAUCAAGCGGCCAUCGCCAUCUCCUUCACGAACUGGCACCCCUGUCAGCCGAACCGCCUCUCCAUUCUUGAACGCUAAUGCUGCCGGUAACGGAACAUCACGACCGAAAUCACCGCUCGCCUCUGGGGCAAAAGCUUCCACUCCAGCCGGCACACCACCUGCCACCGUCGUCUCGAAAGCUGUCCCCGCUGCCGCCGCUGCCGCAACAAGGGCCAAGCCAACCGGCGCUGGUGCUGCAGGUGCCAAACGUGGAGUGUUAUCUGGGAAGAAGGCACAGAAGAUUGGGGCUAAAAAGGUCGUUGCUGCCGAUAUAGAUUUUGAAGCAGCCGAGAAGAAAGCAAAGGAAGAAGCGGAAAGAAUUGCAAAGCUGGGGUACGACCCUGACGCCGACGAAGUCGAUGAGAAGCCCGCCAAGAGCAGCGUCGCAAGCCCCACAAUUUCGUCGUCUAGCAGGAGUGUGAAUACAACUACGGCGGAUACAGAAAAGGCUACAGCACAGAUGGCUAGAUUAGGAUUCGGACAAAUUGCAAAUAAUAAACCUGCUCCAGCCCCUGCGAAGAAGAUGGGUGGAUUCGGAUCUACAGGCACAAGACCGGUUGAUGAUGACUCGGAAAGAUAUGCUCGAGAUAAAUUUGGCACCCAGAAGGCCAUUUCCUCUGAUCAAUUCUUUGGAAGAAAUGCUUAUGACCCCUCAGCACAAGCUGAAGCCAAAACUCGUCUUCAGAACUUCGACGGCGCCACCGCUAUCUCUUCAAAUGCCUACUUCGGACGGGAAGAGGAGGAAGAUAACCGACCUACUAGUGGAGACUUCAGCAGUAUUGAGGGUACUGCUCGAGACAUUGCCCGAAGAUUUGCUGGUACUGCGGGUGAUGAUUUGGAAAACAUUAGCCAAAUGGUUGGACAGGGUGUGGAGAAGGCCCAGGAUCUUUUGAGGCAGUACAUGCGGUGA